AUGUUUAGAGAUGAUCAGAAUAAGUCUGAUAGAAGUGUGGUUUCAAAAAGUCUUCUUACUACUGCUUCUGCUGCUGUCAGUAAUCAUAACAAUCAAAUAACGAAUGGAUUAACUACUUCCAGUCAAGUGGAACCACGCUUAAACUCAUUAACAUUGGCUAGAAAAGAUGCAAUUCAAGCGAAAAUAAAGAGUAUUUCUUUUGGCAAUGAUCUCCAUCUAAAAUCCUUAACCUGGUAUCCAGAAACCCAUUCUACUGACAGAACACAGUCUGCUUCUAUAAGAAAUAAAGUGUCUGGUAGGAGUAAAUCAAGUAUCACCGGGAAACCAAUUCAAAUUGGACGAUUCAACUGUCAGAUACCUACAGAAGAAGAGAAACUUACCAGUCGUGAAUGGCUACGUAAAUAUAGUAUACGUAGUUUGGGACUGAAUUUAACACGUCUUACAUCUGGAAUGGACUGUAAACAUGAAAUGUCUUUUAUUAAUUCAACUCGAACACUUGUACAUGCACGCUACUGUAGUGGUCUGUUCCCACUUGUUAAUGUGGCCGGGACUCUUCGACAUCUUCAGUAUACACUGGAUGAACUGGAAGCUUUUAAACAAGAAGUAAUAAAAGCAUUGAAACGAUAUAUUCAGCGUUACAAGUGGUUGAUAACAGGCUCUAGAAAAUAUUUUGGUAUGAUACGUGAAGAAUGCAUCGUCAUUUUAAUUGAUACCUCCGGUUCAAUGGAUAUUCAUAUGAAUGAGAUAAAAACCCAACUGAAAAUUCUAAUCUGGGAACAACUACACAAGAAUAAAGUUCACUUCAAUUUAAUCGCUUUCAAUAGUUUGUUGACUGAAUGGCAAGAUUCAGGUCUGGUGAUCGCCAGUGAAAUGAACUGUCAUGAUGCAGUGGCAUGGAUUGAACAGUUGAAAGCUCUCGGCGGAACGUGUACAGGUGAAGCAAUUCUACGUGGUUUAAACUAUUUGAAAAAUACAGUGCUGUCGGACAAGAUGAAAACUUCCAGUGAUUAUGACGGUACAAAUCUAAAUAAUAAUAAUAAUAUGAGUAAAGGAUUGUACCUAAUUACAGACGGUAAACCAGAUGUGAGUUGUUCUUCACUGAUUGGGAAUAUUGAUAAAAUCUGGAAAUUCAGUGGAGAAAACACUGACGCUCCUAAGUCGGUAAGGGUUUCUUCAAGUCAAAACAAUAAUAAAAUGAAACACUCGAAGAAGCGUAAAUUGAUACAACUACACAAAGGCCCACCAAUACAUACAAUUUCUUAUACAAAUGAUGAGAUUGCAGUAUCCUUCCUAAAAAAGCUAUCAAAUUUAACCAAUGGACGUUUUCACAGUCCCCUCAAUUUAACAUCGACAACCAAUGUGCUUUUAAACUAUUUACUACAGUCAAUAAACGACAUUGAAACUAGUCAGAAUAAUUCAUCUGAUAAUCAAACUAUUAGUGAUAUUUUAUCAUAUCAUGAAAUACAAUCGGAUGAUAUCAGGUUGAUUCAAAAAGAAAUCUGUACAACUUAUCGGACACUAAACUGUUUAAAGUAUUUCCAAGAUGUAUAUAAAAAAACAAAACUGCACAAGAAGUGA